AUGAUUCGAUCCAGACUUAGUAUGCUCACUCACUUUAAAUGUAGAGCAGGAUUUUAUCCUCGAUCCAAUAUUGAACGAGAUGAUGUUCCUGAUAAUAAAGUGUCAUGGGACACUGAAUUCAAAAAAUACAAUCCACCUACUUACACUUCACCGACUAUUAAAGGAAAACCUUGGGCUGAUCCUGAUAUAGCAAAACCUGACUUUAAGCCUAAAUGGAAUAACUUAGAUGGAUAUGUAAACCGUAUGAGUCAUACCGGGAAUUAUAAAAUUCUAAAUGGCUUUCCCUUAAAUCCUGUUGGACGUACCGGAAUAACUGGUAGAGGCGUGUUAGGAAGAUGGGGGCCAAAUCAUGCUGCUGAUCCAGUUGUAACAAGGUGGAAACCAGACCAUAGUAAUAGGCAGAUUCUUCAAUUCAUAGCCAUUAAACGGAGUGACACUAGAGAAUGGGCUCUUCCUGGUGGAAUGGUUGAUCCUGGAGAGAAAGUUGCAGCUACCGCUAUUAGAGAAUUUCAAGAAGAAGCAUUAAAUACUUUAGAAGCUUCUGAAGCUGAAAAGGAAAGUUUGAAAGAGAAAUUUAAUAACUUCUUCAGUGGUGGCAUUGAAAUAUAUAGUGGAUAUGUUGAUGAUCCUCGCAAUACUGACAAUGCUUGGAUGGAAACUGUUGCAUACAAUUUCCAUGAUAAUGAAGGUUCCAUUGUUGGAGAAUUAAAAUUAAAUGCAGGAGAUGAUGCAGUAGGAGUUUGUUGGGUAGACAUAACAUCUGAUUUAAAAUUGUAUGCAAGCCAUAAAGAUAUUGUUGAUUCUGUAUUAGCUAGGCAUAUUACACCUAACUGA